GCGGUGGCGGCGGCGGCGGCGGCGGCGGCGCACGCUUCCUGCGGGCGCGGCUGCUGUGGGCGCGGAGCUGCGAGGCGGAGCCGGGCCGCCGAGCCGGGAGCCCCGAGCCGGGAGCGCGUCGGUCCAGCCUCCGGGCCGCGCCGCCGCCGAGCAGCCGCCCCGCGCGCCGCGCCUCGGGAACAAAGGCGCCCGCCGCCGCCGCCGCCGCCAUGAAGCCGGGGCCACCGCACCGCGCCGGGGCCGCCCACGGGGCAGGCGCCGGGAACGGGGCCGCGGCCGGGCCCGGGGCCCGCGGGCUGCUCCUGCCGCCGCUGCUGUUGCUGCUGCUGGCCGGGCGCGCCGCGGGGGCUCAGCGCUGGCGCAGCGAGAACUUCGAGAGGCCUGUGGACCUCGAGGGCUCUGGGGAUGACGACUCCUUCCCCGACGAUGAGCUGGAUGACCUCUACUCAGGGUCGGGCUCGGGUUACUUUGAGCAGGAGUCGGGCAUUGAGACAGCUAUGAGGUUCAGCCCAGACGCGGCCAUGGCGGUGUCGACCACGCCCGCAGUGCUGCCCACCGUGGACAUCCAGCCUGUGGGCACCCCGUUGGAAGAGCUCCCCUCUGGGCAUCCCACCCCAGAGCCAGCCACCAGCCCCCCCGUGGUGACAGAGGUCCCAGAAGAACCCAGCCAGAGAGCCACGACCAUCUCCACUCCCACGGCUACCACAACUGCUACGACUGGGGGGGCCCUAACUGUGGCCACGGUGCCUGCCACAGUGGCCACUGCCGCCCCCAGCCUCCCCGCGGCCCCCCCUUCCACGGCCGCCACCACCUCCGUCAUAAGGACCACCGGUGUGCGGAGGCUUCUGCCUCUUCCAUUGACCACGGCAGCCACGGCCCGGGCCACCACUCCAGCAGCACCCGCACCUCCCACCACGGUGGCUGUCUUGGACACAGAGGCCCCGACGCCUAGGAUGGUCAGCACAGCUACCUCCAGGCCAAGGGCCCUUCCCAGGCCAGCUACCACCCAGGAGCCUGACAUCCCCGAGAAGAGCACCUUGCCCCUGGGGACUACUGCCCCUGGACCCACGGAGGUGGCUCAGACCCCAACUCCGGAGUCCGUCCUGACCACGAUCCGGGAUGAGCCUGAGGUGCCUGUGAGUGGGGGGCCCAGCGGGGACUUUGAGCUGCCAGAGGAGGAGACCACACAGCCAGACGCAGCCAAUGAGGUGGUGGCCGUGGGUGGGGCCGCCGCCAAGCCAUCAGCUCCACCUGGGGCGCUGCCCAAGGGUGCACGCCCAGGCCCCAGCCUCCUGGACAACGCCAUCGACUCAGGCAGCUCAGCGGCCCAGCUGCCCCAGAGAAGCAUCCUGGAGCGGAAGGAGGUGCUCGUAGCUGUGAUUGUAGGUGGGGUGGUGGGUGCCCUGUUCGCUGCCUUCCUGGUCACCUUACUCAUCUACCGCAUGAAGAAGAAGGACGAGGGAAGCUACACCCUGGAGGAGCCCAAGCAGGCGAGCGUCACGUACCAGAAGCCCGACAAGCAGGAGGAGUUCUACGCCUAGCGGAGCCACAGUGCCUCCCGCAGCUCAGCAGCGCCCCUCUGCCUAGCCCCCGGCCCGGCCCCAUCAGCCCUGGCCCAGGACUGGGCCUGGAAGGGAGCCCGGCCCCAGUUCAUCUCUGCCCGCCCUCCUGAGGUCUGCCCAGACUGCCAGCCUCACAGAGACCUCGCCCAAGGGGCAGGGGCAGCGCCAUUGGCCCUCAACUGUG